AUGGCUCUACAGGCUGCUUCUUUGGCCCCUUCAGCGUUCUCCAUUCAAAAAGAGGGAAAAAGCAGUGCAUCUGUUAAUUCAGGCCUCUUUGGAGUUUCACUUGCGGACCAUGCCAAAACUGACUUUAGUUCCUUUGUAUUGAAGAGCAAGAAAGAAUUCGGUGCAAGAAAGUCAUCUGUGGCGGUCAGGGCUCAGGCAGUGGUUACAACUCCAGCCAUCAAUUCUGACACGGUUCAAGGGAAGAAAACUUUGAGAAAGGGAAAUGUAGUGAUCACUGGUGCCUCAUCUGGCUUAGGUCUAGCCACAGCUAAAGCUCUGGCUGAAACAGGCAAAUGGCAUGUAAUUAUGGCCUGCAGAGACUUCCUGAAGGCUGAGAAAGCCGCAAAGUCGGCUGGCAUGGCCAAGGAAAGUUACACCAUUGUGCAUUUGGAUCUUGCAUCUCUCGACAGUGUCAGGCAGUUUGUGGAUAACUUCAAGCGAUCCGGGCGACCUCUUGAUGUCCUAGUCUGCAAUGCAGCUGUUUAUCAACCAACUGCUAAACAGCCUUCUUUUACAGCUGAUGGAUUCGAGCUUAGUGUUGGGACUAACCAUCUAGGUCACUUCCUUCUUUCAAGAUUGCUGCUUGAUGACAUGCAGCAGUCCGAUUACCCUUCAAAGAGACUGAUAAUCGUCGGUUCAAUUACAGGAAAUACAAAUACAUUGGCCGGGAACGUACCUCCAAAGGCCAACCUUGGCGACUUGAGGGGUCUUGCCGGAGGACUGAACGCGUUAAAUAGCUCGGCUAUGAUUGAUGGUGGAGACUUUGACGGUGCCAAGGCAUACAAGGAUAGCAAGGUCUGCAAUAUGCUCACAAUGCAAGAAUUUCACCGUCGCUACCAUGAGGAUACUGGGAUCACAUUUUCGUCCCUGUACCCCGGCUGUAUUGCAACAACGGGCCUGUUUAGAGAGCACAUCCCCUUGUUCCGUCUCCUUUUCCCUCCAUUCCAGAAGUUCAUCACCAAGGGCUUCGUCUCAGAGGAAGAAGCUGGAAAGAGACUUGCACAGGUUGUAAGUGAUCCAAGCCUAACAAAGUCUGGUGUCUACUGGAGCUGGAACAAGGCAUCGGCAUCAUUUGAGAACCAAUUGUCUCCAGAAGCGAGUGAUGCAGAGAAAGCCCGUAAAAUAUGGGAACUCUCUGAGAAACUUGUUGGUUUGGCUUAA